UUUCUUUUUUUUUUAUAUCUUUCUAUCUUAACUCAUAUUAAAGAUCGACCAGAAGACGACACUCGUCGUCCUCGUUGUCGUUGUCGUCGUCAUCGUCAUCGUCAUCGUCAUCCGUCGUCGUUACGAUCUACGAUCGAGCGAGCACGUGUCCUGUCGUCGUCUCUCUCCAUCUCUUUCCCCCUCCCCCUUCACCCUCCCAUCACUCUGACGGCCGAUUCGAAAUUCCCGCGUUUACCGGCGCCACGCGUGUUGUGGCCCUGACGGCUUUUAGCGGCUCGCGAGAGGAAAAGGAAAGAAGAAGAAGAAAAAAAAAGCAAAGCAAAGGAAAAGAAGAAGAAGAAUAAGAAGUAGAAGAGAAAGAGAGGGAAGUGGGUGGCGAGAAACUAAACGUGGAAGGAGCGAGGAGGAAGGAGGGCUAGUAGAGGGAGGAAAAGAUAGCUGCUGCUAGGUCUCCGGAUCGCGCGCGCGGUCGGGCGUUGUAUCGUUGAGGGGCACCUCCUUUGCCCCCUCUACGUGUUCUCUCUCUCGUUCUCCCUCUUUCUCUUACUCUUUUGGUGGCGCGCAACCACGAGACCUAACCUCUCCGCACCCUUUUCUCUCGUUCGCCGCGCGCGCUCUCGGCGAGCGCGUGCGAGAGGGAAAGGAGCGUGCGAGCGAGUGAGUGAGUGAGAAAGAAAGCAAGAAAGAAAGAAAGAAAGAAAAAGAGUGAAAUAGAGAGCGAGAGAGAGAAUUGCCGGCGCCGCUCCUGUCGUCUCUCGCGACGCCGCGCACUCUCCACUUUUUCGGUGAGAGAGAGAGCAAGCACGCCGAGCGACGAGCUGACGCGCGCCGCACGAUCUUACCGUACGGAUAUCGUUUCGCGAGAGUGGCGAUGAUACUGUUACGUUUAUCGUCACCACUGUCACCGUCACCGUCACUGUCACCGUCACCGUCACAGUCACAGUCACCGUCACCGUUGCUCUUCAUUCCGUGUCUUUUCCGCCGGUUUCUUUUUCUUUUUUUUCGUCUUCGUCUUCGUCUUUGCCUUUGAUUAAACGUUUGUCGCGCGAGUAAAAUAAUUCUAGUAGUAGUAGUAGUGUGCCUGACGCGGCUCCACCUCAUGUCACGGUGCGUGUGAACGACACAACGAUUAUUUACGAAAGGAAUACACCUGUUAUAUAUCGUUACAAAUAUUUUCAUAAUAUUAAUAAGUUUAUUAAUAAAGUUUUUCAUUAUAAAAACAAACCAAAAGAAGAAAAUUAAUUCACAAUAAUAACGAUAAUAAUAUAUAAAGAAGAAACCGAAGAAUAAUUAAAAAGGGAAGAUCGUACAUGGAGCAUGGUGUCCCAAGGUUGAAGAGGGCCAAGAAGGGCGAACACGUGAGAACGUUGUCUUCGACCGUUGUCGCGACGAGGUGAAUAGAUAUAACGAUGGUAGAUACGCAACAUUUUUGUCUGCGAUGGAAUAAUUACCAAAGCAGCAUAACGUCGGCUUUUGAAAACUUGCGAGAUGAUGAGGACUUUGUGGACGUUACAUUGGCUUGUGAUGGCAAGAGCCUCAAAGCACACCGGGUUGUACUUUCUGCUUGCAGUCCAUACUUUAGGGAACUUCUCAAGAGCACACCAUGCAAGCAUCCGGUGAUAGUACUUCAGGAUGUAUCGUUCAAUGACUUACAUGCCUUGGUGGAGUUCAUCUACCAUGGGGAAGUGAACGUACAUCAACGUUCUCUUAGCAGUUUUCUCAAAACUGCAGAAGUACUUAGGGUAUCGGGUCUUACACAACAAGCUGACCAGACGGAUAGGGACGAGCUCUCACAUGUUCGAGCACUGGCUGCUGGUGUUAAUCAUCUUCCUUUUCACGAAAAAUCAGAAGAAAGUUUUCCUCGUAGUGGUUCCCCGCCCGCACCGACAACUCCGACACCUACGACGGUGCAACAAUUAUUGCGUAGAGCACAGAUACGUAGGAAUGAAAGGCGUACACCGGAUCUUCACGAGGAUUCGGCGAAAAGAUCGAGGGUGUCCUCGCCACCUUUGAACAACAAUGACGCCACGCCGACCGAUUUCUCGAUGGUGAAAAACAAUCAUUUAUCGACUAAAGUGGAAGGUAACGGGGUUCACGAAGAAAACAGUCCCAUAGAAGAUAAUAUUAAGUGCGAGCCUUUGGAAUUGACCGGUGGUAACGGUGGGAACGCCGGUAACAACGAGGACUCUUCGGAUUCGGGAGCAGCGGCAUCGGACAGGCCACCGGCGUCGGCGAGUAGUAAUGAACACGAGCCUGAACCUGAACACGCACCUACGCAAAAUUUUAUGCCGGAAAGUAAAUUGUUCACGUCGACGCCAGGAAGUUUUAACUUCAGUAUGGCAGCCCUUACGGAUCACACGCCAUUGUCAGUGAAAUUUCCAGGGUUGAGCCAUGGGUUGCAAACGCCGGAUUUAGCAGGAACUUCGCAAGACCGGGAGGUCGCCGAGGAGGACGGGGGUUGGCAGUCCGCCACCAACGGCGAGAACCAACAACAAUCCGGGCAAUCAAGCGAAAUUACGGGCUCUGAUCAAUGCGAGGUGGUCCAGGAUAACCACCAGCAGCUGCCGAUAAUUGAUCUCUUAGAUGGGAUUAACGAUCAGGUGCAGAUCGUCCUGAAAUCGGAACCUCUGUCUCCGAAGAUCGCCGAGUUCGAGUCUUGUCUUUUGUCGUCGGAGCACGAUGAAUAUCAGACGAGCGAUCAUUAUGAUCAAUAUCACCGUCAAUAUCGUCAAUCGCAACAACAGCAACAGCAGCAACUACAACAACAACAACAGCAACAACAACAUCAGCAACAGCAACAACAACAACAACAACAGCAACAGCAGCAGCUGCAGCAGCAACAGUUACAACAACAACAAAACCAACAUCACCGUUAUCCAAGCCAAGAGAGACUCGUCGUAGCCAAUGAGAGCCUAUCGGUCACCGAUCCUCGUUGGUUCUCCCAAGGAAACGAGCUGGCUCAGCCGGUAGCGAAAAUUCGUGAGGUAUCUCGAAGGAACGCGGAACAGGAGUUUAAGUUCUCAGGCCGGUCGAUCGGCGGCACUUACUGCAGCUUCUGUCAGAAAACCUUUUCUCGCGCAUGGUCCCUUCAGAGACACCUCGCGGAUACGCACUUUUAUGUACCGCAAUCAUUGUCUUGCGAUCAGUGCGGUAGAAGUUACAAGAGCAGGAACAGCUUGGUCAGUCACAAGAGCCAAUAUCACGCGAGGAAGGAACGAAAAGAUCACGAUAUUCAUUGCGAACUUACAUAUUGAUUCUACGAUAGAUCCUCCAUUUUAUUCUCCUCCUCUUCCUCCUAAUCCUUCUAAUCCUCCUCCUAAUCGCCAAUCGCAUCGAUAAAUUAUAAUUCUUGCGAGCCUACGCGAUCUAGUGUCGAAAAUCUCUCUAGGUUCGCUGUUUUGUAAAUAUUAGGCGUUCUUCUUUUUUUUCUUUUUUUUUUUUUUUACUUGCUCGCCGCGAUAACAUUGGCUAUCUCUUGGUUCGGAGGUAACGCGCGCGGAUUGCGAGAAUUCGUUCGUUAGUUCGUCUGUCCGUCCGUCCGUCCGUUAAUCCGUCCGUUUCUCCUCGGUUCAUUCUCGAAGAUUUUUAUAUGAUACAACAGUAUAUUACUUGUCAAACAUAUCCGUUCAGCUAGUCCAUUUCUUUCAGAUUAGUUACCAUAACAAGACCAAAGAAGAAAAAACCUCUUUACAUUUUCCUUUCUAUUUGAUUUUCCUUCUACCCCCUUACCUUUCCCCAAUCCCACCAUCCCCCCAUCCCCUCCCGCCAUUCUCUCGUUUUUAUUUGUUAUAAGCGAUACGAUAUUGAGAAUUAUACCAAAAUCGUUGAAUCCAUUCCUUGCAAAUAUUUCUCUUAUCGUUUAGUUUAUCGACGAAUUUAUCGUUAUUGCAGUUGGAUAGUAAAGUACGCUUCUUAAUCCACGUUCUCGAAUCUCUUGUCGUUUUAACUUUGAAACGGAGUUCCACGGAUAUGUUGUUCUCAGCCCGUACGAUAAGCGUCAUGUAUCCUUAUCGGUUAUCAACUUUUGCCUCUGAGCGCCACCUCGUACGAAUUUUCGGUAUCAGAACGUUGAAAUACUGUUUCCAGGAAGUAGAUAUUCGUCUUGUCAGUGUCCGUGAUUCAAUCCCGUUCUUUUCUAUUGAAUUAUUGUUAUUAUUACUAUUAUUAUUAUUAUUAUUAUUAUUAUUAUUAUUAUUAUAUUAUUAUUAUUGACAUUAAUUCCUUUCAAACGAACACGAAUUAUCGAGAUGUUUUCUAUAAAAAAUACUAUCACUCGUGUUUUUUCAUUUUCACACGAGACGGAGUUAUAGUCCCGAAUUAAAAAAAAAAAAGGUCACAGAUAUAUUCGAUUCAUAAAACUUUCUCGUAGGAUUCGUUGCGUCUACUUGUCCUUUACGUAUCCCGAAUUUCGAUAAGAUGAAGUUUUAUCUUGGUGCUAACGGCGAUAUUAUCUUAAAGUUUUGUUACAUCCGAUCAUCAGCGAUUUUGAGUAGGUGAUAUUGGACGAAAUAAUCGCACGGUAUCACGUGUAGAGAUAACAGUAUUUAUUCGAUAGAAUUGCAUCGGAUUACGUAGACCGGCAGUCAAUCAUAGCGCAUCAGUUAAUUUCACAUCGAUAGGAGAGAAAGUUCACCUUCCAUUCGAUCGAAUAUUAUCUUAUUUUUUAUACAGAAAAAUAUCAUUAUCUAUCGCUAAUUUUUUGAUUUGUAUCGCUAAGUUAGGACACUUGUCUGGAAUCUUACUAAUGAUUAAAUCGAUUGUUCUAUAUCGUGAGUUUUAAUUUCGUUUCAUUGUUAAAGAGUUACAAUUGAAAAUACAUAGAUGCAUUUUUAUUACACAA